UAUCGAGAUAGCGUAUCUCAUUUAUAUAUAUAUAUAUAAAGUUGUUUUUAAAACUGCUAUUCUCUCCUAUUUCCUCGCUCCUUAGCCAUUCCCACUCAGCAUGAUCUAAAGCUGUACCGCUUGUCCCAGCCCACCCAUAGGUCAACACAAUCAGCCCACCGUGCCUCUACGGAACAACGUCGCAGGUACCAUUCUUUUUACGCAUUUACGAUCGAUGGGAAGACAAAAUGCCGACCUUCGUAACGCACGAGAUGUAUACCUGCUCGCACACCGUAGAGACGGUCCACCGGACAUUCGGCCUCGACGACGGCUUCCGGCUCGAACGGCUCCAGAUCCCGUCGAUGUGCGCGCUGUGCUUCUGCCGGGCGCUCCUGCGGAGCUCGUACGAGCUCGAGUUCCACGACGACGACGCGCGCGACCGCCGCCGCAUCCUCACGAACCUGAUGCUUCCGUACAAGCGCCAGCUCGCCAAGCACCUGCACCUGCUGGUCGAGAACAAGCGGUGCGCGAAGACCGCCAUCGGCAUCCGCGGCUGGAUUUCGGCCUCGAAGCAGAUACGGGUGCUGGAGAAGUUGAGCCGCAUAACCUUGACGGCUACGUGCCUAGGUGAGUUCCAGGCUGCGCUUAGAUCCCUUAUCGCUAUCCAGGAGAGUGAGCCUCGAUAUCCUUCCUACGUGCGCAUGGUAGGAAACGUCAUUGCUAUAGGUAAAGGUCCUGUAGUGGUGUAGGUAAGGUUACUCGUUCUAUAGUCAUUCUAUGUAUGGAUUGUGUAUAUGGUAAAGAGGGGUUCCAGGUCAAGUAAAGGACGGCUUGUGGCUGUCGGUCUUGUUAUCUAUACACCGUAUAUCACGCACUCUUAUUCUCAAUCAAUGAAAUGAUUUCUCACUACCUACGUUGGAUACGUUGAUUGUAUCAUUUUUUGUCUAUUUCGUAUUCGUGACUGGGAUUGCCUGUGAUCACUUUUUGGUGGGAUUGGUAGGA